AUGUGGGAACUGUGGAAAAGAAGAAAUGGUAUCAAGCAUGGGCACAGAAAGACCAAUAGUUCAGUUAUUUAUUUAGUCUUAUCCUCAAUUCAAAGAUUAGUACUACACAGAAAUCCCUCAAUUAGAACUGUUCCUGCUGAUUGGAAAAAUCUGAUCCAAAUGCUAGAGGGAGGCAAGGCAAGAGUGAAGGUAACAACAGUUAGAUGGAAACUACCUCCAUCUGGUUGGUAUGCUUGCAACACAGAUGGUGCCUCCAGAGGUAACCCAGGACGGAGUGCAUAUGGUUUUUGUGUGAGAGAUGCAGAAGGAAAUCUAAUAUAUGCUAAGGCUGAGGAAAUUGGUUAUGCCACUAAUGUAGAAGCAGAAACUGUGGCUCUUUUGGAAGCCAUAAAGUACUAUAAACAACAAGGAUUGAACAAAAUCAUUUUUCAGACAGAUUCUCAAACUAUUCAAAAAAUUAUGAAUGGAGAAUGGAAACCAUCAUGGAAUAUUGCAGGUUGGGUAGAAGAGGUGGAAGAAUAUAAGAGAGAUUUGGAGGUUAGUUUCAAACAUACCCUAAGGAAAGCAAAUAAAUUGGCAGAUGCUUUAGCAAAUUAUGCAUUAGAUGAAGGUCCCCUGCAGUCUUACUUGUUCGGAGAGACGAAAAAAUUUCUUUUGGCUUUGAUAGCACUACUUUGUACAACUCGUGAUGUUCUUGGUGACGAAGAUUAUUUGUACAUUAAUAUUACAGUACUCCAUAGUGCAACUGCCCAAGGCGCAGUAUGUCUCGAUGGAAGUCCACCAGCAUAUCAUCUGGAUAGGGGACAUGGUACUGGACUUCGCAGUUGGAUUAUCUACAUGGAGGGAGGUGGUUGGUGUAGCAGUAUCUCAGAUUGUCUUGAUCGUUCAACUAAGUUCUUAGGUUCUACCAAGAAGAUGAAUCAAAAAGGUUUUUUCGGCGGAAUACUUCAUAAUACUUCCAAAGAAAAUCCAGAGUUUCACAAUUGGAACAGGGUGAGGGUGAAGUAUUGUGAUGGUUCAUCUUUCACUGGUGAUGUUGAACAAGUUCACCCCGAGAACAAAUUGUAUUUUAGAGGGGCAAGAAUAUUUAAGGCUAUUAUGGAAGAUUUAUGGAGCAAAGGAAUGAAAAAUGCUGAAAAUGCAAUUCUAUCAGGAUCAUCAGCAGGGGGGUUGGCAACAAUCUUGAACUGUGACAAGUUUAAAAGCUUCCUUCCAGAGAGUGCCAGAGUAAAAUGUGUUGCAAAUGCUGGCUUCUUCAUCAAUGGGAAGACAAUUGAUGGCACUUCACAUAUUCAAGAGAUGUAUCAAAGUAUUGUUAACCUACAUGAAUCAGCUAAGAAUUUGCCGUCAGCUUGCACGUCUGCAAUGGAACCAAGUUUGUGUUUUUUCCCUCAGAAUGUUGUUUCAUACAUUCAGACUCCACUUUUCAUAAUCAACUCAGUUUAUGAUUCCUGGCAGAUUAAUAACACUUUGGUUUCUCCAUACCUUGAUCCUCAACAUGCCUGGAAGGGUUGUAUCAAGAACAUAAGUAGUUGCACAUCUAGCCAACGUACAAUGAUUCAAGCCUUUGGAGUAGAGUUCUUGAAGAUAUUCGAGGGAUUACCCCCUUGUUCUACGAGGGGUUAUUUCCUCACGUCUUGCUAUUCUCAUGGUGAUAUUCUUUCAACGUCAUACUGGUUCAAUACUACCUCUCCAAGGUUACUUAGUAAGACAAUUGCAGAAGCUGUUGGGGAUUGGUACUUUGAGAGAGCAGGAUUUCAACAUAUAGACCUGUAUCCUUAUGUUAGAAAGUGCAAAUAAUUAUAAGUUUGUAAAAUUCUGCAAUGAAUACGCUUGCAAAUGUUGUACUUGCUGCUUAUUUGGUAGUAGUUUUACACUUAAUUAAGUCCUAUAAGUUUCUAAUUGUACAAUUUAGCUCGACUCUGAUAUCGAAUCUGAUGGCCAUAUAAGAAAUGCUAAAAUUUACUUU